AUGUCAACAGGAUCUGUGGUGUCGAACAACCCAACGGGUGAUCAUGGUGCAUCAUCCGGCCCUCAGAUAUCUUUUAAUGACAAGAACCCUUUGGAUAGGGUUAAGGCGGCUCUGGCAGCCGUACCUGGAGGAGGUUAUGAGGAGUUGGAAGUUGAAUGGUCUCGCUUGCAAACUCAGAGUACUUAUCGGCAGCUCUUGGCUAUAAUUGGUGUAUCGGCCAAUGCUCUAGCAUGGUCAGGAUUGGAGUUUACCUGCGCUGCGAAGCGUGUCGGUCCAGACCCUGCUGCAUUUCAUGCAGCAUACAAAUUGAGCCGACAUCGUAGUGCUACUCGUGAUAAAGCUUUCGGUCAAGAAGACGGUUUCGACGCGUUCAACUAUGAUGCCCUUUGUCAGCAUUUAGCCUCUGCUACUGCCCGUAUUACAGGUCCAAAGUGGGGCCCUCUCUUGGUUGGCCUGGCCGCCUAUCUCCCGGAAACCGUUGUUGACACUGCCUUACGUAGCAAUCUUAAGAAGGCUCUUUUCUCCUCAACGAAUGGUGUGGAGAAGUUUGAUCCCAAGUCCGAUUUAUUGCUCUGGACUGCAAUCACCAAAGAAGCUAGCAAAGGUAUCUGUGAUAAUGAUAUGUUGAAGGAGUACUUCGUGAAAUGGACGAAUGCACUGAAGGCCUUAUAUGAUAAAUUGGUAUCUUGUUGGCGUGACUAUCAAGAGACUGAAGCUCCCAGAGACAACAAUAUCGUCUUGCUACUGAGUCAGUGGGCAUCCUUGAGGUUCCGGAAGAUCCCUCUCUCGAGAGCUUUUUCUGAGGAGCGUCGGUUGGCGGCUAAGAUUGCAGCAAUUGGUGAUGAUGGUCUCAACCAGGAGUGUGCUGUCAAGCUGGACUUCAAGGUCCGCCGUAAAAAUUUGGCUCUUAUUGUUCGAUCCUGCAAGGUAGCCCCCGAGUACAGCAGUGCUCUUGAGCUGGCCCGUCUCAUUGAGACAAGAGCAACGACCGAUGUUGAGUGUACGAGAUUAGUUCAGGAAUAUGCCCGAGCUAAUGGCUACAGUGAUUUCGACAAGCUCUUUGGUAUUGAGAGGUUCGACUUCACUAGGGAUGACCCCGGCCAGAAACCCCAUCGCGGUGAAAAGCGACAUCGACCACGUGAAGAUCAUGGUCCUGACAAGCGUUUGAGAAGCGUGCAAGGGCAGAAGCCUAUUCCAAGCUCUAUCUGGUACUUCUACUUCCCCAUCAAAACCACUCUCAGCAUCUACUGCAGAUUCGGCGAGUUCUACACGACCACUGAAACCAACUCUAUCUGA